CCUGGAAAUGGUCCUGGAUUGAUCUUGAUACUCAUCACCAAACAACAACCACUACCACCUCAUCAAACUUCAACUGCAGCCUCUCCGCCACUAGGAUCACUCGAUAAACCCUAUAUAUCUAUCGCAUCCCACUCGAAUAACGUUUCCUCAUUCAAGAUGCCUAGCGUCACUAAGACAGGUAGCAAGUACGAUGCCAUCCCAGGUCCUCUGGGUCUGGCAUCUGCUUCUCUUGAGGGCAAAGUAGCUCUCGUCACCGGUGCUGGCCGUGGUAUCGGUCGCGAGAUGGCUCUCGAGCUCGGGCGUCGUGGCGCUAAGGUUAUCGUGAACUACGCCAACAGUUCCGAGUCGGCUGAAGAGGUGGUGCAGAUGAUUAAGAAGAGUGGGUCGGACGCGAGGGCCAUCAAGGCCAACGUGUCGGAUGUAGACCAAAUCGUGCGGCUGUUUGACCAGGGUGUCAAGGUCUGGGGUAAGCUCGACGUAGUCUGCUCUAACAGCGGUGUCGUUUCCUUCGGUCACGUCAAGGACGUCACGCCUGAGGAGUUCGACCGUGUCUUUGGCGUCAACACCCGUGGCCAAUUCUUCGUCGCCCGCGAGGCCUACAAGCACCUCGAGGUUGGCGGCCGCCUCAUCCUCAUGGGCAGCAUCACCGGCCAGGCUAAGGGUGUACCUAAGCACGCUAUCUACUCCGGCAGCAAGGGUGCCAUCGAGACCUUCGUCCGCUGCAUGGCCAUCGACUUCGGCGACAAGAAGAUCACCGUUAACGCCGUCGCGCCUGGUGGAAUCAAGACUGACAUGUACCACGCCGUGUGCCGAGAGUACAUCCCCAAUGGCGACAAGCUAGAAGAUGAAGCAGUUGAUGAGUACGCCGCGACAUGGUCGCCUCUUGGCCGUGUUGGUCUCCCCAUCGAUAUCGCCCGUGUUGUCUGCUUCCUCGCAUCUAACGACGGUGGAUGGGUCAAUGGCAAGGUCCUCGGAAUCGAUGGUCACGCUAUGAUGUAAAGGAAUUAUCUGCGGUAUUAAGUUCCAAGGUUGACGAGAUAAAUUGAACAGUGGGGGUUCUCUGUUAGUCCUACCUCGCAUUUGUAUAAGUAGUAGUAUGGUGCCGAGACAACCAACAGAAAUCGAAUUAUGGCACAUAGGCGCGGUUUGAAUCUAGAUAUCAGAUAGACCAUUAACGAAUAUCCAGGAAGUUAGUCGGUUUAUCUUUCAUGUUAGAAUAAGCGACAUUUCCGCAUUAGAAAUCACUAACAAAUCACGAUACCUUGCUUAUCUCA